AUGCGUGUUUUCAAAUUUGUUAGUCUUGUACUACUGCCUCUUUUCAAAGCGAGGCACGGCUGUGCAGAUGUGACCCUUGAAGGGGAGUUCGAGUCUAAACUUGGUUACGAUGGCGAGCAAAUAGUUUAUAGUAAAAAACACUUUAAAGGCAGCAUUUAUGCAUUUGCACCUGUUAAGGGAAAGUGUGCAAUAAGCGUUCAGGCAAGCACAGAUGGAGUGGAAUGGGAAAAUAAUAGUAACAUAGAAGUGAAGGAUGGGGUUGCCAGGGCAACUAUUUUUUCUGUGUUUACAACAGAUGAUGAGAUCAUCGUGAUUUUUAGAUGUUCUAACAUAUACUACAUUGCAAAGAUGGGGGGAGAAAAAUUAUGGAAAAAUAUAAAACAAGUAACUUUUUCUGACUUCCCUGUGGAUGCAAUUCCGGCGGUGUACUCCGGGUCUUACUUACUUAUGAACAGCGAGUAUGAGAAGUUCAUUUUGGUAUGCGCGAGGGAGGACCCAAAUGGGAUCAAACGCGGCAGUGACGGUGAGGUGAAGGCGGUCCCCUUUUCAGAACUGCAGCUGUUGGGUAGGUGCAAAUUUUCGUUCGACGAGGGGAAUACAUGGAGGGAGGGAGUAACUAGGAUGUACAGCGAUGAGUUGAGCAGUGAUGAGUUGAGCAGUGAUGAUUUGCGCAGUGAUGAUUUGCGCAGUGAUGAGUUGAGCCGCGAUGACGCGUGGGAGAGCGUUAAAGAGGUGAAUAUCUCAGCGGAGGAAGACGUAAAGUUGGAGGAGGGCCAAGCCACGGAGGAAUCCCAACAAGGAGCGUCCCCUGGCCAUGCUAUCCACUUAAGUCUAACUCAAAUGGGAGGAAAGGUAGCCAUAAAAGCUGUAAAUGCUCACAAUGGCAGCAACUCCACCAAGACAGUGAUACUCGUGUGCAACAGUCUGUACAAAAACGACCUCUACUGUGACAAGAUGAAGUUACAAAUUAACGAACAGUACGUUUUGCACACAUACGAAGUGGUGAAUGGUUACCAUAUGGCCGUUUUGCGUGAAAAAAAUGGGACCCACUUGGUACCUUCAUUUGUUUACAACUCGAGCGAAACGUUUGAGCCGAUUCUUCAGUACAAGAAUGAGAACCACGGGGAAGGCAAAAGUGAUGUAGGAGCAGGAAGCUUCUUGGACAAAACAGCAUACGAAUUUGUUUUGGCCAAAGGAGAGAUGGUAUACCUAUUUUGCUACACAGUAGGUGAAAAAACCAAAGUGAUAAAAAUAAACACCCCAAAGAGGAAACCAGGGUGUGAAGUACUCCCAAAUGGGGAAACCAACAAGGGGUACUCUCACACUUUUUCAAUUCAGAAUAUGCAAAAUUAUCGCAUUUGUAAAAUGCUCACAUCAGAGCUUGAAACGACGGAUGAUGGCUUAUUCAAAAUGUUCUACGUAACCUUGCCCAAAGGGGUGUCCCUAAAUAGUGACUGCUUUACAUUUUCGUUUAGUAAGGAGCUGAAGGGGGAAUACCACACGACUGUGGUGAGGAAGGCCAACGAUGGAAAUGCCACUCACGAAGGGGAAGUCCAGUUUUACUUCCCAUUGUACUACUCCAAAUUUUUGUACAAUUAUAAAAAAACCUACUGCACGUUAAGCAAUGGACUUAAAGUAGCUGUCGAGUUUGAUUAUAUUAGAAAUAUCCUGGACUUAAAUUAUGCUGACGAAAAUGAUGUCAUCAAAAUUACGAGUAAUGACAAUGUCGUGCAUGCUAAGAGGAGAUAUGUGCAGGAAAAAGGAGGAGAUGUAUUUCCAAGAGGAACUUACAUAAACGCUUAUCUACCCUUUGAGAAAGAAUAUGUCAUUUCUAAUUUUGUUCCGGAGGGUGUAAAUCAGAGUAGCACUAUUAUACUUCCCCAUGGGUCGGUUAGGAAGCUACAUUUUGUACAAGGGGGUGAAGUACUACCGUAUGAUGGUAUCGAUUUGUUGAAUGUCUCACCUAAUUAUAAAAAAUUGACAAAAAAUGAGAUGAACAGAAAAACUAUAGAUGUCAUAGUUUCCAACUUCAAAAGUGAUGAAAAAAUUAUCGGAUUGGUUUGCCCUGUUAGUUCACAGGAUGAAGGGCUGACUUGUUUCGAUAAGGUAUACCUACAGAAGGGGGUUCUCCAUAAUAUUGAAUUUGUGUUUGGCAGUAAUGACAUUUUUGUGAUCCCCCAGAGGAGACUACUCAGGCCAGGUGGGAAGGAGGCCAUGGAGUCUCUGCUAUAUUUAAACAAACGAAACGUAGACAAACUGAAGAAGGAAAAACAUAUUAUUCAUUUUUUCUGUGAAUGUAAAGGGGGGGAGGACACAGAAUCGGUGCGCGUAAAUUAUUACGUCUCGGCGCAUUACGACUCUGAGUUUGUUAAGGCUCAAGUGGGAAAAACGGGGGGGAGCGCUUUCAUUAAUGGGCACAUUGUGGCGCAAAGAGGGGAAGCGGGAAAAGUGGGUACGCUGGAGAAGAUGAACCAGACAGCCGACUCGAUCAGCUCUGACGCGGACUUUAACCAGGAGGAGGAUGUUCGCAUGUUAGGGCAGAAUAUUCUGCUUAGCAUGCUA